GCGCUGACGUUCCUCCUCACGUCCUCACGAGCCGGAAACAAAACAUCUGUGUCAUGUGACUCCGGCUGGGCUCUUGGAAAGGGGAAAGCAGCAAACUUUAGCUGACUGGAAGAGGAUUCAAACAGGUUGAGGACCGUUUUGUGCCACGACGAGGAGACACUGGCCACCAUGGCUGAUGAUUUGAAGAGAUAUCUCUACAAGCAGUUGCCCAGUGUUGAAGGUCUUCAUGCUAUUGUGGUGACUGACAGGGAUGGUGUCCCAGUUAUCAAAGUUGCCAAUGACAACGCUCCAGUCCACGCUCUGAGACCUGGGUUCCUGUCCACCUUUGCUCUGGCCACAGACCAGGGCAGCAAGCUGGGCCUCUCCAAAAACAAGAGUAUCAUCUGCUACUACAACACAUACCAGAUUGUGCAGUUCAACCGGUUACCACUGGUUAUCAGUUUUAUUGCCAGCAGCAACGCCAACACAGGUUUGAUCAUCAGUCUGGAGAAAGAGUUGGUGCCGCUGAUAGAGGAGCUGAGGCAGGUGGUGGAAGUGGCGUAAGCCUCCAGACACAGAUUCUCCUUCAAAUCUCUCCUUGUUUUCUGAAGCUGCAUCCACAUGAGCUGGAAAAGACCCUCUGAACACCCGGGCAGUUAAAAACAACAGCCUGGCCCUGUGCUCACAUUCAGACCUCUGUCUGCAGCCAUGAACAUGGCAUGGCGCAAGUGUUUUGUAGCCUUUGGUUGCCUCUGAUCAGCCUUUUCACAUUUGAAGCUACACAGAGGUAACACCAGAAAAUUUGCAAAAAUAGCAAAAAAAAAAAAAAAAAAAAAAGUCAUGAAAAGAAUUUAUAUGUAUCAUAAUUACUAAUUUAAAAUUAAAUCACAAGAAAAAUGCCAUAAAAUUAUUCCCCAGAAAUUAAAAAUCAAAUGAAAUAAAUUGGGUGCUAUGGCAUUCUUAGAGUUAUGAUUGACAAUGACUUAUUUGUUUAGAAUUGUCCAUUUCUUGUUUUUAUUUGAAAUGAAUACAUCACGUUCCUACACUUGACUAAGGCAUCUGUGUGUUGGAGAAAUCUGGAUUCAAACCAUCAGUUAGUUACUAUUUAAAAGCUAAAGGGAUUUUUUUUUUUUUUUUUUUUU